GGAAGGUGAAGGGAGGUGACUGUUGUUGUUCGCCGCCGACGAAAGCCACUUUGAAUGCUACUACAAAAAAAAAGAAAAAAGAAAAGAAAAAAGUGCCUUCCACACCUCGCCCCUUCCUUGAACAUCUCUCCGCUUACGCCGCUUAUAAUACACUCACUCAACGAUACAAUGGACGUGGAAAAUCAUGGAGCCGAGGGCUUUGUCGAGGAGGAUAUGCUCAUGGAAACGGGUCAGGCGCCUAUCCACACCGUCGUUGCCGGGCUUCCCAUUCCACCUGUCGAACCUGCCUUCACCAACGAGCAAUUGUCUGUUGCCACCAGCGACAGCAUGGACGUCGACAGCCAUAUAAACGAGCCUCCCGCAGAUAUCUCAAUAGACCAUGGACCAGUAUCGACUGCACCAUCAACAGCAACACAGCCCGGCACUGGGACAUUGUAUAUCCAUGAUCAGAACUCUUCCAUUGCUGAUACUCCAGCUGCAGCAAGCUCUCUUGACACGACGAUCACUACGGAGGAGAGAAUCGAUGCUGCACUUGCAGGGAAUGAAAUAAAGGAUGCAGGAUACGAGUCGAGUGAUCUGGAGUCAAGCGAUGAUGAUCAGGACGACGAAUCAAAUUCGCCUGGGUCCGAUUCUGAUUCUGAUUCUGAUUCUGACUCUGACUCUGACUCUGGCACAAAAGGCAUGCGCAACAGGCCGAUGACUAUCGAGCAACGCGAGAAGGCAUUAACAGAUCUUGACGCCAUGGAUGACGAGGAAACUGGGCACGACGGCAUCCUGCACACAGCAAACGAGAUCCUUCAACUGCCAGAAGUCAAGAAGCCAGAUAUCGUACUGGGGCCAGACACGAAACUAGAACCGAUCGGCAAAAUCAUGACCAUUGUCGAGAACGUAGUAGUCGUACAGGCUGCCUCCAGUGGCGAGGUUCGUGUUUUAGAUGCAGGAACGGUAACCGCAGUCGUGAAACAAGGAAAUGGGGAUGAGGAGACAGUUAGAGAAGUACUUGGAGAGAUUUUCGAGACCUUUGGACCAAUUGCAAGACCACUAUAUUCUAUUCGAUUCAACACUGCAGCAGAGAUUCCCGCCAUCUGUACAACUGGAUGCAUUGUUUACACAGUUCCAGAGUACAGCUCGUUUGUGUUGACAGGGCCGCUGAAGGCGUUGAAGGGGAGCGAUGCCAGCAACAAGUACGACGAAGAGGUGGACGAGGUUGAGAUGGAGUUUUCUGACGAUGAACAAGAGAUGGAACAUAAGCGGAUGCUGAAGCAAGCAAAGAACAAGAAGAAGGGCAACAAGGAUCGGAAAGCUCCCCAAAUGGCCGCCGAUACCUCUGCUGCAAUGCAGGCCAUGAUGGGAGGGGUACCUUCGGCGACCUCUUUCUCAACACCUGCCCCUCGGAGGCCCAUAGCGCUGCCACGCAGGCCCACGUUCGAUGACGACUACAAGAUUCUUCAGCGUCCGGGUACCAUGUCAGGGGUGCCAGGAGCAUCCCAGACGACAGGAGCAGCUACUAGCACUGUUCCAUGGUAUCAGCAGCAACAGCGGGAAAUCCAAAACAUGAUAGGAGGCACACAGCGGAACCAGAUACCAAGCCUCGCACAGCAGCAGCAAAAGGAGCAGCAGGCCAUGAUACAGUUUCAACAACAGCAGCAAAUCCAACAGCAGCUCUUGAUGCAGCAGCAGCAACAGCAGCAACUUUUCCAGCAGCAACAACAGCAGCAAGCCCUCUAUCAAAAGCAGAUUCAGGAAGCGCAGGCCACCAUCAUGAGGCUCCAGCAGCAACAGCAACAGUUGCAACAACCGCAACAACAGCAACCGCAGGGCCAAUUACAACAGCAGCAACAACAACCACAGCUUUCGCUCCCAAUGAAUGCGGCUUUUAAUCCGCAGCAGGCUUCGUAUGCUCCACAGCAACCACCGGUUGACAGCAGUCAGCAGCAGCAUCAGCAACAGCAACAGCAGAUCAUGAACCUACUGUCACCGCUUUUUCCGACGCAAAACCCCAACCAGUCAAGUCAAUAGUCAUGUAAUAAAAUAC